CAACAGCCGUGGAUGGUUCUCCAGGAGAAGAGGAGGAGGGAGGGGGGCAUGCGGCGCUUAGACAGGUGUUGUUGCGCUUUGCUGAUGGUUCGUCUUAAGGGUCUUUAUCCAGGAUGGAAGCCGAGAGAAUAUCCACACAGCCUCUCGGUAGUUUGACGUACAUGUGGCGAGUUCGCGUUUCGAUUUAAGGAAUUUCAUAAAGGCGGGAAAGCACGAGAUCGCCGCAAUGGUGCACCACUCAGGCUCGAUCCAGUCCUUCAAGCAGCAGAAAGGCAUGCACACCAGCAUCAGUGAGAUCCUGAAGGAGAAGAGCCUGAAGCCAUCCCGCCGCAGUCUGCCCUGCCUAGCCCAAAGUCAGACCCAUCCUAUCAACCUCAACCACUUCCUGUCUGUGCCUCUGAACCCAGAGCCCAAAGCCCAGGUGGAAGUUCUGAGUCAGAGCAUCAGCACCUCCUGCAGCAUCCUGCCUCCACAGACAGCAGAGGAUGGCAAGGAUCACUACACGGAAGAGUCUGAGGUCUCCACGUGUGAAACCAGAGUAGAUGGGUCACUUUUGCCCCGAAAACCCAGCACACGGGCCAAUGUAGAGGCCCGAACAUGUUCCCUCAAGGGAAGGAAUCCAUCAGAUGAAACUGGGCUCUUCUUCCGGGAUGGGAAAAAGCGCAUCGACUAUAUCCUGGUUUACAAGAAGUCCAGUCCACAGGUGGAGAAGAGGUGCACCUUCGAGAAAAAUUUACGCGCUGAGGGCUUAAUGCUAGAAAAGGAGCCUUCCUUGACAAACAACGACAUCAUGUUUGUGAAGAUCCACGCUCCCUGGGACACACUUUGCAAAUAUGCAGAGCAGAUGAACAUCCGAAUGCCUUUCAGAAGGAAAAAAUGCUACUUAACAGACUGGAAAAGCAAAACCUUGGGCAGCCGCUUUCAUCUGAGAUGUCGUCAGAUAAAGAGCUGGCUUCCCAGAAAUCCCAUGAAGCUGGACAAAGAGGCUCUGCCUGACCUGGAGGAGACCGACUGCUACACUGCUCCCUUCAGUAGAGCACGCAUGCAUCACUUCACUAUCAACAACAGAGAGACCUUCUUCUCCAACUCUACCAGAAGCAGAAUAGUCCACCAUGUCCUGCAGCGCACCAAGUACGAGGAUGGAAAGUCAAAAAUGGGUAUCAACCGGUUAUUGGGCAACAACACCUAUGAAGCUGCCUUUCCUCAACAUGAGGGUGGAUACAAGAGCAGACAUCCUAUUAAGACGCAUGGUGCCCAGAACCACAGGCACCUCCUUUAUGAGCGCUGGGCUCGCUGGGGGAUCUGGUACAAGUAUCAGCCUCUGGACCUCAUCAGACGCUACUUUGGAGAGAAAAUUGGCCUUUACUUUGCAUGGUUGGGCUGGUACACGGGCAUGUUGAUCCCUGCUGCACUGGUUGGCUUGUUUGUCUUCCUCUACGGACUCUUCACCAUGGACUCCAGCCAAGUCAGUAAAGAAAUUUGUGAAGCCAACACGACCAUCAUGUGUCCAAUGUGCGAGGAAACCUGCGAUCCAUGGACGCUAAGUGACAGUUGUGUCUAUGCAAAGGUGACUCAUUUGUUCGACAAUGGCGGCACUGUUUUCUUCGCUAUCUUCAUGGCAAUUUGGGCCACUGUCUUCUUGGAGUUCUGGAAGAGGAGGAGAGCCGAGCUUACUUACGACUGGGAUCUCAUUGACUGGGAGGAGGAGGAGGAGGAGCUGCGGCCUCAAUUUGAAGCCAAAUAUUCCAGGGUGGAGAGAGUAAACCCCAUAUCUGGCAAGCCCGAGCCUUUCCAGCCCUUCUCAGACAAACUCAGCCGGCUCAUGGUGUCUGUGUCCGGAAUAUUCUUCAUGAUUUCCUUGGUCCUGACUGCUGUGUUUGCAGUGGUGGUUUUCCGUCUCAUCGCCAUGGAGAAGUUUGCUUCCUUCAACUGGCAUUUUGUGAGGAACUGGCAGUUUGCCACCUCUGGCACUAGUGUCUGCAUCAACUUCAUGAUCAUCAUGUCUCUCAAUGUGGUGUAUGAAAAGGUGGCCUAUCUGCUGACAAAUUUAGAGCAUCCACGGACAGAGUCCGAGUGGGAGAACAGCUUUGCUCUGAAGAUGUUCCUCUUCCAGUUUGUAAACCUGAACAGUUCCACAUUCUACAUUGCGUUCUUCCUAGGAAGGUUUGCUGGGAGGCCCGGAAAAUACAAUAAACUCUUUAAUCGGUGGCGACUAGAGGAGUGUCAUCCAAGUGGCUGCUUGAUUGAUUUGUGCCUGCAAAUGGGUGUCAUCAUGUUUUUCAAACAAAUCUGGAACAACUUCAUGGAGCUUGGCUAUCCUUUGCUGCAGAACUGGUGGGCUCGUAGGAAGCUCAAGAAAGGAGGUGGUGCUGGUGGUGGUGGGAGCCAGAAUGUGGAAAACAAAAGUCAACUCCCACAGUGGGAUAAAGACUGGAAUCUGCAGCCCAUGAAUGCACACGGCCUGGUGGACGAGUACCUUGAAAUGGUCCUGCAGUUUGGCUUCACCACCAUCUUUGUAGCAGCGUUCCCGUUGGCUCCUCUCCUCGCCCUGCUCAACAACAUCAUCGAGAUUCGCCUUGACGCCUACAAGUUCGUUACCCAGUGGAGGAGACCCAUGCCUGCUCGAGCCACGGAUAUAGGUAUCUGGCAUGGGAUCCUUGAAGGUAUCGGCGUGCUGGCCGUCAUCACCAACGCCUUCGUCAUUGCCAUCACCUCGGACUACAUUCCUCGCUUUGUUUACGCCUUCAAAUAUGGCCCCUGCGUGGACAAAGGGUACCACCAUGACGACGAAUGUUUGCGAGGCUACGUGAACAGCAGCCUGUCUGUGUUUGACAUGAGCAAGCUGAAGAACAGCAGUGAGUCUGAAUACUGCAGCUAUCGAGAUUACAGAGCCCCACCCUGGAACACGGUGCCCUACGAGGUCACUCUGCAGUUCUGGCAUGUCCUGGCUGCCAGGCUGGCUUUCAUAAUCGUCUUUGAGCACCUUGUGUUUGGCAUCAAAUCCUUCAUUGCGUACCUCAUUCCGGACAUGCCCAAAGACCUGUGCGACCGCAUGCGUAGGGAGAAGUACCUGAUGCAGGAGAUGAUGUACGAGGCUGAGCUGGAGCACCUGCAGAAGGAGCGAAAGAAGAACGGACGGCGUUUUCACCACGAGUGGCCUUAACUUUUUACCCCCUCACAUCUCUCCACCCAACAUUGCACAGCCCUCGACUCCCCCCUUUGCCUGCUUCCCUUACUGGAUUUUAGCUUUGAGCAGAUUCACCAAAGACACCCUCUUCACUAAUGACACUUCAAAGCUGCUUCAGUGUGAGCUGAGUCACCCGGAUCCCUCCCUCGCCAUCUGUUCCUGGGCUGAUGCCACAAUUGCGUUCUGACACCCUCCUGGAUCCAUCGGCUGGCGUCCUCCCCCCCACUCUCUGCUGUGUGCUGUGUCAUGGCCUCACUGCUGUAUGACAGCUGUAAUGUUUACUAUGCAGAUGAAGCGGUUCACUUUGUCAACCAUCUUGCACUCUUUCUCUCUUUCUGCGUGGCAGCUAGCUCUCGUCUGCUUGGAAUCCUGCAGUCCGCUGCAUGUUUUAUUUUUCUUUUGCGCCGAGCAUCAGCAGAGCCAUGGUGGUUCCUGAAUAGAACAGGCUUGGUUCCUGCAAAGUGACUGUACAUUGCCCUUGAAGCAUGCUGAUACUAUUUGUGGCAACAUGUAAAACAACAGCAUUCUUCAUGGAGACUUGUCAAAUGAAGCCUAUAGAACGUGCAUGUUAGUGUUGUGUACCUUCUUGGUGCCUGGUUUGUGUGUCAGUGUGAGCUGUGUAUGUGUGUGUGUUGUGUUACUGCUGAGCUUGACUGCCUUGAGUUUGCAGGAUGUGAACAUUUUGCGAUAUGAUUGUGCCUACAGUUGUGCGCCGACAUCACGUGUGCCUGUUUGUGCUGCAUGUGCGCUUUCAAGUGCAAGAAAGUACUUGUUCUGUUGUACAACUUUCUCCUGAGUGGGUUUGUUUUGGACAUGAGUCACACACAAUUGGGUACAUACUCUGGUCUAGUGGCUCUGAAACAACAGUGUCCGCCGUAAUGCGACUCCCAUUAUGAGUGACGCUUGCAGGCAGAAGCCACAAAUCUGCUUCCUUCUCUCUCGCUGCGCCCGUAGCCUGUUUUUCAUUUGUUGUUGGAAGGCCUGAAGCAUGACUCGGACAUACCUGUGGCUUGGAUGUUCACUGCACAAAGAACAUCCAUCCACUGUUCCUCACUCGCAAGAAAAGCACUUACACAUUCAAAACACUCCAGUUCUGGAGGGAUGAGAAUGCCAGUCAGUACAUUGUGAUGUUAAUUGUUGUGAAGUCUGGUUGCUUAAAAUGAAAGACAGAGCAUGGCUUUUGCCCAGCGGCAACAAUUGUGGCAGGCAAAAUUAAUUAACACAUUCUAUGGCAAAAUCACUAUCACUUGAAAACUCCAACAUAUGUGAUGUAUUUGUAACAUCUCCAGUCAGAGUACGGUACACAAAAAGUCCAGCAGAUUAAAUAAAUACAUAGAAAACACGGUGAACAGACGGAAAAAUAACUUCUUACAGUGCAACAGAGUCAUUCCUCGGUCAAACAAUUCAGAAAUCUACCAAAAUAUUAAAGAAUCAUUCAGGUCACGCGAGACUUCAGCUCAGUGAGCAACUUAAAGGACUGUGCAAGUGUGUUUCCUUUGAAUACCAGUGAUGGGAAAAUUGGAAGUUUACUUACUGCAAUGAAGGCUGAUCAAUGCAAAACACCUUUCAAACAGCUUGAUAAGAAAUCUACAGUGGAACCUCAGUUAGCAGACGACUUGGUUAGCAUAUUCUUCUGUUUAAAGUCCAACGGUGUGUAACCUAUUUUUAUUACCGUUAGCGGAACAGAUUAAUGACGCUAACCGAGGUUCCACUGUAUUUUGUUCUUUUACAUUUUUGAAAAUUUUGGAUCACUCUGCAUUACGAAGUAUCAGCACUGAAAAGAAACUGCAGUACCACAUUGAGCCGAAUGUAAGACAUUCAGACCAGUUUAUGGAGAAAAAAAAAGCAGACAAUUUUAUUUUUUUUUAUUCACGCUUUCAAUAUCAGCCAAAUAACUGGAUUGCAACAAAAAAGAAUACCAAAUUUCUUACCUGAGCCACAGUUGAUCAGUAUUAUCUUAAAAUUAGCGCCACAACUCGGCAUCUGUCGUUGACUAACUUUCCCAUCCUUUGAGACAGUUAUUUUGAGCGGGCAUAUGUGAGUGACAGGAAGAAAAGCACAGACUUUCCUUCGGAAAAGUCGCUUAGUGCAACCUGUAUGUUUCCAUGUGUAAAUCCCUCGACCCUGAAUAUAAGACGACACAUCUUAUUGAGACUUUCCAGUACGGUACACAAAAGGUUGAUUGAGGUUGGUAGUCCACCAUUAUGAUUGGGACUUUAAAACAUUUUGUGUUUGAAGCUAAUCAUUUACCAUUUUGACUGGACAUGAGACAAUUAUACAUGUGUACUGAGUUUGCACUGCUUCAUGCUGAAAUUGAAUAUCAAAAUAUGCAUCAUGAUAACACUUCUAGACAGGGAAUGAUAGAAAGUUGGACGUGAACCACAAUUUGCACAAAUCAAAGAAAUUUCUGCAUAUCACUCCACACUAAAAACUAAAUUUGUAUAAUUCAUUUGUUUUCCUUUAUCAACUAUUUAUUUUGCUGUUGAAUGUACAGUAUAUAUUUCUUAGUGUUUUUUUGUUUUGGGUAUUCACCCUCAGAUGUCCUGUCUGCAUUUCUCAGGUGUCUUCCGAAUGUUUGACGACUUUUCAAUCAUAUUUUCUACAAUACGAUCAAAUAUGUCCUCUUUCUUAAAACCUAUUUUUGCACUGCAGUGCGUAUGCAAUGGAGCACACACUAAAAGCAUGGUUUUUUUUUUCUCUUGCUUUGUCAUACAAAGUACCAGUAACUCAUAUAAUUCUUUCUGACAUAUGAUGUCCGCUUUAAAAAAAAAAAAAAAAUGAUAGUCUAUCUAAUACUUACAUAUCAUUUUACAGUCUUUUUUAUUCACUUGAGAGAGAUUGAAAUCGUUAGAAAACUAGUCAAGCUUCCCUGCUGUGUGAACAUUGAAAAUCUAUGCAUGUUAUCCUUGUACGGUCCAGUCUGCGUGAUUUAGUGUCUGCUUUCAAGCAACGCUAACUUCACUUACUUUGUCUUGCACAUAUCACACACACAACCCUUUUUCCACCAUUGAGGAUUUUUUGGAAGUCCAGGCAGGGACAGAAUUUUAUGUAGUUUGAUUAUUUUCUACAUAAUAAUGUGGACCCAGGAACAAUAAUGAAAUAUGUGCAAAGGAAAAUCCCAUAAAUCAAGAACCAAAUUGACAUAGUUGUCUGAAAUGGAGGUAUAGUGCAAGUCCGCCCCUUCACACAUGUAUGUAUGUACGUAUGUAUGUAUGAAGUAUGCACAGUGAAAGACGAAGUGUUCCUAAUUCGGGUGGCAAUAGCACAAUAUGGGUGUUGUCAUGUUAAAGGGAUAGUUCGGAUUUUUUGGCAUGAACUUGUAUGACAUCCCCAUCAGCAGUGGACUAUCUCAACAGUGACUUACCCCCCCUUUUGGUCCCGCGAGUCCAUUUCUGGUCGGAUUUCCUUAGUUGCUG